CGGAGCUCCCCCACCCACACCUCGGGCCCCGCCGUUUCCGCUCGUUCUAGGGCCGCCCGGGAAGCCCGGAACCGCUGCCUGGGCUCUACGCCACCGGGCAGGCCAUUGGGCACUCCCUCCCACACCCUCUGCUGUGAGACCAUGAGGCCACCGCUGGACUGGGGCCAGGGUCUCCUAGAAUCAUGGACUGAGUCCAGCUGGCCUACAGUGCACAAAUGGGGAAACUGAGGUCCCAAGAAGCGCAAUGGCUGGUCCCUGGCCACAGAGGAAGAACCUUCUGCUUUUGCUGUGGACCCUCCUAAGUUGUAGUUUGGGGGGCAGUGCUCAGGGUCCGGGAGAGUGGACGCCGUGGGGGUCCUGGAGCCGCUGUUCCAGCUCCUGCGGGCGGGGCGUCUCGGUGCGCAGCCGGCGCUGCAUCCGGUUCCCUGAGGAAGACCCGUGCUGGGGGGACAGCCAUGAGUACCGCCUCUGCCAGCUGCCAGAAUGUCCCCCAGGGGCCGUACCCUUCAGGGACAUACAGUGUGCACUCUACAAUGGCCGCCCAGUCCUGGGCACCCAGAAGACCUACCAAUGGGUGCCCUUCUACGGGGCGCCCAAUCAGUGUGAGCUCAACUGCCUGGCCCAGGGGCAUACUUUCUACCACAGCUUUGGCCGCGUCCUAGACGGUACCCCCUGCAGCCCAGGAGCCCAGGGUCUCUGCGUGGCUGGCCGCUGUCUGAGUGCCGGCUGUGACGGGGUACUGGGCUCGGGCGCCCUCGAGGACCGAUGCGGCCGCUGUGGUGGUGCCAAUGACUCUUGCCUCUUCGUGCAGCGCGUGUUCCGUGACGCCGGUGCCUUCGCGGGCUACUGGAACGUGACCCUGAUCCCCGAGGGCGCCAGACACAUCCGCGUGGCCCAGCGCAGCCGCAACCACCUGGCGCUGCUGACGGGCGACGGGCGCUACGUGCUCAACGGGCACGGGGCGGUCAGCCCGCCCGGCACCUUCGAGGCCGCGGGCACCCGCGUGGUCUACAUCCGGGCCCCGGGGCCCGAGGAGACGCUGCACGCCGCCGGCCCCACCUCCCAAGACCUGCUCCUGCAGGUCCUCCUGCAGGAGCCCAACCCCGGGGUGCACUUUGAGUUCUGGCUCCCUCGGGAGCGCUACGGCCCCUUCCAGGCGCAGGCGCAGACCCCGGGCGGGGCCCUGCGGCAGCCUCAGCCCCGGGAGGUGGAGCCCCCGCCCCCGGACCUUCCCCCCGCGGCCGGCCCCACGAGGGCCCGGACCCCGCCCCCAGACUCCUGCCCACCGUGCCCCGACACCCGCGGUCGCGCCCACCGGCUGCUCCAUUACUGCGGCAGCGACUUUGUGUUCCAAGCCCAAGUUCUGAGCCGCCACCGCCAAGCCCAGGAAACCCAGUAUGAAGUUCGAAUCCUGCUGAUUUAUAAGAACCGCUCACCACUACGGCCUCGAGAGUAUGUGUGGGCACCAGGCCACUGCCCCUGCCCACCACUGGCUCCCCACCGAGAUUACCUGCUGGCUGUCAGGCGCCUCGUCAGCCCUGACGGCACACAAGACCGGCUGCUGCUGCCUUACGCUGGCUAUGCCCGGCCUUGGAGCCCAGCUGAGGACAGCAGGGCUCGACUGGCCUCCCGCCGUUGUCCUCUCUGAACCCCGAGAGGAUGCCUUCACUACACACAGCAAGAACAGCACACCUGACAGACCUCAAACUCAAUGCAAUUUGUCCUUUCUCCAUGGCUCACCCUCACCCAGGAAAUUUCCAAUAGCUCCCAUAUGCAGCCCUGUGAUUUCCCUGUCACACAGACACCUUUGCAUGCAGUUGGAUCCAUUGUCACAAGCAGAUAGGCCCUGGUGAGGAUACACUAAGACUGAGCAGAUGCGAACUCUUAUUUCUCUUCUCAUCUUGGCUGCCAGGAAGCUCAUAGCUAUUAUUUACAGUCAGAAAUGUUGUGUCUUGUAGUUCUCCUUGCCUGGCACUCAAUUGCUUAGUCAUGAAUAAGCAUGUCCAAGAGCAAGACCUACCUAAAAAGACAUUAUAAUGUACUUCUCCAUCUUUGCCUGGCACCAUGAAGCUCCUCACUCUUUAACUCAGACAUGUUGUGUGCUCAUUUUUCUCUCUCAGACACAUACACAUCCCUUGUGUAUUCACAGACUGCCAUACCCUUUAAGGAGACAUGCUUACAAAGGCAACUGUAGUCUACUUAUUUCCUCCUUUUGUCCUAGCUACCGGGAGGCUCACCUAAUUUUGCGCUCUAGCUGAGUUUCCU